AUAAUUGUUUAAAAAACUAUUUUAUUACGUUUGUUAUUCGAAGAAAAUAUUCAUAAAUGAUUGGAUCAAAAGAUAAACUAAAGACUUUAAAAUUUAGAAAAUCCAGAUUGUCGGAAGACAUUAAAGAACCGCAACCAGCAACAAUUUUGCCACAACGUGUAUUUUUAUAUUUACAUCCCAAAUCCAUAACCUAUCCCUCCGAUGAUAUACCCUUGAGUGGAAGGUUAGAAAUUGAAAUAGAACAUCCAUACAAUACCAUAACAACCUUAAGCGAUCAUUUUAUGGCAAAAAAUGUAAUACAAGUAGACCAAUUUGAAAAUGAAAAACCUACAUUUAGCAUUACCAUAGAACAAGAUAGUUUACAAGAUAUAACAAAUCUAAGUGAUACACCAAUUAUUCUCACCCUAUAUGUUUAUACAAAAAGAUCGUCAAAUACAUCCAAACUUACAGAGGAAAAUGUCUCCGAAGAAGAAGAAGGAGAUGAAAAUGGCGAACGUAUACCAAUAGCUCAGGGUUUCAUUGAUAUAAUGGAACAUUUUAAUAAAAAUCGCAGUCAUGGUAUUGAUACCAUCUAUUUGUAUCCCUUAAAAACUUACGCUGAAACCCUGACUUGGAAAACCGUAUGGGAAAUAUAUUCUUUACAUUCACUUUUAAAAAAUGUUGAAUUUACAAAUGUUCUCUUUAUAAAUUUCGGUUCCCUAUACAAUAUUGACGAAGACCUUAUGCAAGAUUGUAAUGAUUUGGUGGCAAAUAUAUCUUUUAUAUCCAAAAUUCCCAAUGAAAAUAAUAUAUUUGAUAAAAUAUUUAUUUGUAAAUUUAGCACAUUUUACAAAGAUAUCAUUUCCUUACAAAACUUAUCGAAAAAAUGGGAAUCGUUGAAAAAUAAAGAAAUCGAAAAUAGCAAUAGUAUGGGCAUAGCAACGGAUUCGAAAUUUCAUUUACACCAUUUAUUCACUAAUCUUUUGUGCACGGAAAAUGCACAAUUAAAUAUAGCAGAAAUAAAUAUAACUAAAGAUUUUGCUUUAAUAUGCAAUUCAAUACAUCGUUAUAUAUUGACGGAUAUAAUGCAAAAAACAUUGGAAGAGAUAUUGUCCCAAAAUCAAUAUCAAAUUAUUGUUGAAAUCUAUAAAGAAAGAGAGGAAAAUAUAGUUUUACUAGAGGGUUAUAUAGAUUUGUCGGUAUUUAUGUAUCCGGAGGUGAGAAUAGUCCCUUUUGCCAUUGAAUUAAGGCCACCAAAGUUUCACGCUACCAACAAAGACACUAUGAAAAAUUCUAAAGAUAAACGAAAAAGUCAAAAUAAGUCUAAUGCUCAAGAGCUAACCAACAAAAAAAUACCCUUUGCUAUUAUACAAUUUUGUCUAAAUUCGCCUAUAACCAAUCCUCUGCAAGUAAUAAGUCGUGCAACUGGACAUAAGUCAAAACGUCAUAAAUAUAGUCAUUGUACGACCACAAUAUUAACAAAAACUAUUCAGAAAGAUCUGUCCGUUAAAUGUGAAGAAAACUAUAGAGAUUUUGAUGAUUUAAUACGUGAAAUAUUGGAUUAUAUGAUUAUACAUGAAAUUAAAACUUUGAAUGAUGAUAAUGAAUAUUUUUGUCAUCAGUUGGGCAAUUUAGCUAAUAAAAUAAUGAAAUUAGUUGCAUGUGAUUUUAAUAUAAAAACGCCAACAAAAACGAAUAUUGAAUUUACGAAUCUUCUAACCAUGGUGUAUCGUGAAUUGAUAACACGCAUUUAUAAUUACCUAAAUAGAUGUUAUUUUAACAAUUUGGAAGAUUGUCUUCUUAAAAUGAACGCUAUAGAAACUGUUUUGGUAACAAACAUGAGUAUGGUCAAAUAUUUAUACGAAUCGGAAGGGAAUAUAGAAAUGGCGGAAUUUAUUAUGAAUAAAUUACGCUCAGAAUAUGCUAAUAAUUUAAUAUUGGAUUUUUAUACAUUUCUAUAUGAUAUUGAAAGACAAAAUUUUGAUUUGGUUAAAUUGUAUUUAGAUAAACCCUUAGAUGAAAAAGAUAAUCAAGCGGAAAUAUUUGGUGAACUAAUUGAAAUUUAUGUUAACUAUAAAGUACAAUUACAACAACCAGAAGAAUCUUCCAACGCCGAAGAGUUUCUUAUAAAAUCAUUAAUCAAACAUAAUAUCAAUCACAAUCCGAAAUCAUUAACGGGCUGGAUAUUAUUAUAUUGCGUAUAUAAAAAAUAUAAUUAUGAACCCGGCAUGGCGUAUUGUCGUUGGAAGUAUGAAAAUCUUUAUAAACGUUCAUUUGUUAAAUUAGAUUUUAUACCCAAAAGUCGUUGGGAAAUCUAUAUGCCUUAUAAAAUUAAAUUAAAAUCAAUAAAGGGACAAAACUAUAUUAAAGUUUUCGAGACACUAUUACGUUUGGGUUUAUAUAAUUUUUCGGAAUGGAUUUUUGACGAAAUAGCCGAAGAAUGUAUGGAAAUUGAAAGAUAUUUUGUAACAAGUACAUUUAUGAUUUUAAACAAAAAUCUGGAAAAGUUUAAGAUAAAAACAUUUCCAUUGGAUAAACUAAUAAAUUCCUUGCAAAUGAGUGCUGUGUUAGCUCUUGUUAAUGGUAAUUUCGAAUAUUUAAAAGAAACUAAUAGUCCAGCUGCUAUUACUCAUAAUGCCAGGUUAUCACCAAACGUUGUAAAACUCCUUUUAGAAGUUGGAACUUCGAACAGAAUUUUAUGAAAAAGUAUUUUUUGUUCUCCACCAGAAUUAAGUUCAUAAAUUGAGUUUAAAAGGUCUCUACCAUUAAUUAAAAUAAGUUAAACUUCUAACCUCACUUUAAGGUAAAACGAAAACACGUGUUUAAUGCAGAUAACGUUUAACUGGAAAAUAGCCACACAAAGUAAUAUAUUAAAUUCGUGCGAGUGAAAAGCAAUUCUGAAGAGAGCUUGACAACAAAACCAAGGUUUACGACUCAUAUGUCAUAAUACCGAAGGUAGUUUUAUAGCAGCUAUUUCUGCGCAAUUACAUAAGUUAAUGUCGUUUUCUAAGGAGGGACGUCUGUGUUAGCUCUAAGGGUCACUUUCAAUACCAAUUCAUCAAUUAUUAUUUGUGGAAAAUUUCAGUCGUCUAGAUCGUCUUAUAUAUUUACAUUUCUCCAUAUGGCAAAUUUGGUACUCAGCCUUACGUCCAUUUUAAUGUUGUGCGACUGAGUGUUUUCUGCAUUACCACCAUUGCUACGUUUUAAGUAGUUAUGUUCUUAAUGAGGCUCUGUACGAGUCCAGAUUUUGUUGGAAUACAAAAGUGCAUCCUAUACACACUUAAAAUUAUACCAAACGGCUUCUGAUUCAUGUCCGUCAGUCCAUUUAGCUUUUGGCGAUAGUUGAAUGAAGUUAGGUACAUACACUUUUUUUGAUCCAAGGACGAAAUUGUGUCCUCAUACAACAGAACUUCCACUUUUGUUUUCAUAAUAAUAAUGUUAAAUAUAUUUGUAUCUCAAUUAAAAGCGGCUUUAAGUUUAAUUGAGUUUUAUAUAAAUCUUGAUGUUCUUGUCAAAUCCAUAAAGAUCGGGCCUCAUUUGACCUAAGCUCCUACAAAGUCCCCUUCAGAAAAUGGCUUCAAUAUAAGAAAUUCAUUCAAAAUUAAAGCUAUCCCCAGCCAC